AAUGAAAGCGUAGGAAUCUGCUGAAGGGAAAGGUGUGCUGAGUUGUUGACCUUUGGACAUUUGGCCGGCAGUUGACAUAAAAGUCAGGAGGAAUGCAGGAGAGGAGAGGAUAGGGACGGCGGAAAGGAGAGAAGAGAGGAGGAGCAAUGGAGGGAAAAGGGAAGAGAAUAUAAACACACAGAUUAUAUACAAAAAGAAAUAAAAUUAGAGAGGGAGCUUAAAAAAUCCAGCUGAGAGGCACUCGAUUUGACUGCAAUUGCUUCAACAAGUUGCCUUCGUCGUCACAAUGAGGCGUUAUGUAUCUAGGGUUACCGACUGGAGCAUGCCCUUCGCCUCCCGGGGGUAUUGUGAAGCUGCACGAAAGACCUAUGCAAGUUGCUGUGCUAAGACUAUAGAGGAUCCGUUGAAAGAUGAGGACAAACGCAAUCCAGUUUCUGAUAUGUUGAUUGAUGGGUUUGGAAGGAUGCACACUUACUUGAGAAUCUCUUUGACAGAACGCUGCAAUCUACGAUGUCACUAUUGUAUGCCUGCGGAGGGAGUGGAGCUUACUCCUCCUCCCCAGUUACUCUCCCACCAUGAAAUUCUUCGUUUGGCUAAUCUCUUUGUUACUUCUGGAGUCGAUAAGAUUCGUCUCACUGGUGGUGAGCCCACACUUAGAAAAGAUAUUCAAGACAUUUGCUUAAACUUGUCCGCCUUGAAAGGACUUAAGACUUUGGCAAUCACCACCAAUGGUAUCACUCUUGCCAGAAAACUUCCAAUGCUUAAACAAUGUGGGGUUACUGCUCUCAAUAUCAGCUUAGACACACUUGUCCCUGCAAAAUUUGAGUUUCUGACUAGGCGUAAGGGCCAUCAGAGGGUCAUGGACUCCAUUAAUGCUGCCAUUGAUUUUGGCUACAAUCCUGUAAAAGUCAAUUGUGUUGUUAUGCGUGGCCUUAAUGAUGAUGAGAUGUGUGAUUUUGUCAACCUCACACGUGAUAAACCCAUUAACAUUCGCUUCAUUGAGUUCAUGCCUUUUGAUGGAAAUGUCUGGAAUGUCAAGAAACUUGUGCCAUACUCGGAGAUGUUGGAUACAGUGUCAAAGCAAUUUCCAAGCCUAAAGAGGCUGCAUGAUCAUCCGACAGAGACAGCCAAGAAUUUCAAGAUAGAUGGCUACAUGGGUACUGUUUCUUUCAUUACAUCCAUGACUGAGCAUUUUUGUGCUGGUUGUAAUAGAUUGAGACUUUUAGCUGAUGGUAACUUCAAAGUAUGUCUCUUCGGUCCUUCAGAGGUUAGCUUAAGGGAUCCUCUUCGUUGUGGUGUUGGUGAUGAGGAACUUAGAGAAAUAAUUGGAGCAGCGGUUAAGAGGAAGAAGGCUUCACAUGCUGGGAUGUUCGAAAUUUCAAAGACAGCGAAUAGACCUAUGAUACACAUCGGUGGCUAAGCACUAACGUGGAGCCAUGGCUGAACCAACUACAGGAAACACAUAAAACGAUGUGGAAAUGAACUCUACAAGCAGUCAACGAUGCAGGAGCCAUUUGGCUGCCAAAGCAUGAAAAUGGAAUUUCUGUCGAUACUUUGGGCAGAAGAGAUACUAAACUGUUGUACUAGUAUUUUGAUAUUGCUAUAGUCUCAUUUUUCUUUCUUGUUUUUGAUUCAUUUAUGCGUUUCCAAAGUAAUAAUUCAGGUAAGUCGUAUUCUAACACCUAGAUCUUUAAAGAAUUAUACGAUUUUAAGAUAAUUUUCCAUAUCCAGUUGUCUAUGAGAAUGGAUGAGAUGUACACUCAUCACUCAUCUAAUUAUACUCUUACCUCAAACUCAAACCUUAUUCUUAUA